UCACUUUGUUAGACCUCCWCAACUACUUGCACUCUACCAAAUUCCUAUGCGAUUACUGAUGACGAUUAUUUAAAUAUUCAAUAUUUAUGUAGUACACACUAUCCGCGUAGGUAGUAUGUGUAUUGUGUUUGAACUGUAUUUAAAAUUUUCGAAUUAUUGAUUUUCAACUAUAUUGGUUUUCGAUCUAUUAAACUGUAAUUUACAAUUCACAAUAAUGAAAUCUUCAAAUAAUAGUAAGACAAAUAUAGAUGAAAUAAGCAGAGAAACUCAACGACUAGUUAGUGAUAGUCAUGUGCGUUUACCAUAUCAUAAACCAAAACAAAAGUCAUUAAAAGACUUUCUUAACAGACAGAAACAAUCAACUGAGUAUCAAGCAUCUUUAACAGGUUCCAAAAAAUUACUGCAUAAAGCAUGGGAAUUAAUUGAAAAUAAAGAACAAACUGUUGAAAAAUUUUACAAUGAAGAGAGUGUCCAAGAAGAAAACAACAGAGAAGUAUCUUUGGAUACUAGUAAUACUCAAGCAGAAAAUAAUUUUUCUUUAAAUGAUAAAAACUAUGAUAAAGAAAUUUCUCUUAAUGAGAACCAUAACAAUAGUUUAUUUGAGUUUAAUGAUGAUGAAGAAAACGUUGACACCAAUUCAAAUAUAGCAAGUGAAUUAUCAUCUGAAGAUGAAACAAUUGAUGAUGAUGAUGAUGAAGAUACUGUUACUGCGGAUGAUGAUGAUGAUGAUGACAAUUCUAGGCAAGAGAAAAGCUUGAAUACAGAAAAACAUCUUUUUGAAGAUGAAACAGAGAAAGACACUGAAGACCAAUUAAAAAGAAAUGUAGCUAAGACAUUCAUUGAUGAUGAAGCGGAGUUGUCUGAAUUAGAUUGUAGUUCAGAUGAUGAAGRCAAUCGACCUAAUAAUUUUAUUGAUGAAGAAGAAGACGACGAAGACUGUGAAAUUGAAUUUUCUAAGAAAAAGAAACGUAGAUUAGUUUUAUUAUCAGAAAGCAGUGACGAUGAUAUGAACAAUAAAGAUGAAGAUCAUUUAAACACAGAUAUUCAGCUAAUAACAAAUAAUUUAUCACCUUUAUUCAAUGAUUCUGAAGCUAUUGUCUCUACACAACAACUGAUGGGUUUUUGUUCUGGACAAUUUCAAUCCCAACAAUCGGAUGCUAAGGGAGAUAAUAAUCAAGAAGUAGAUGAUUUUGAAGAUAAUUUUGAAGAUAAUUUUGAUUCUGAAGUUGCACAGAAUGAUACUGACAGUGUUACAAAUGAAAAUGAUGCUGAUGAUGAUGUAUCUCUCAAACUAGUUUCAGCUAAAGACUUUUUUGAUGAUGAAGUUACUCAAAAUGACACUUAUAGUAUAACAAAUGAAGAUGAUGCUGAUGAUGAUAAUGUGUCUCUCAAACUAGUUUCAGCUAAAGACCUUUUUAAUGACGAAGUUUCUCAAAAUGGCCAUGCCAAUAUUACAAAUGAAGACGAUGAUGAUAAUGUGUCUCUCAAACUAGUUUCAGCUAAAGAUUUUUUUGAUGAUGAAGCUGAAUUAUCUGAAUCAGACUGGAGUUCUGAUGAUGAAGAUAGAUUAGUUGGUUUAAAUGACAAACUGGAAGAAGAAGAAGGGGACAAAGAUAAGCUGGAUGAAAACCUUGUUAAGGAUGGAUUAGACAAGAUAUAUAUGCGCCAGCUUUUAGACGAUGAUAAACAGCAAGUAACUGCACUUAAAGAAAUGCUUCUUGAAGAUGGUGAAUUAUAUUCAGAAUCCAACAGAAAAAGAAAAUUUCAGUGGGAUGAUGCUGAUCAAAAUGAUGUUGCUCUAAAGAGACCGUUAUUCUCAGACAAUGAAGAUGAUAAUGAGGAUGAUGUUUUAAGUGAUGAGGAAAAAACGGAACAUUGGAGAAAUGAACGUUUCAAGCGUGAAUCUUAUCUAUCAGAAAAAAAUAAAUAUUCUGAUGAGGAUGAAAGCUGUGAAGAUGAAGAAUCAAGAAAUAUUUUACAAACAUCUGUAUCAAUUGUGAAAAAAACUCAUGUUGUUAAGUAUAAAAAUGGAAAAAGUAUGUUAAUAUCAAAGACAUCUGAUACUGAAAAAAUAAAUGAAUCAACACAGUUAAAUAAAAUUAUUGAUGAAUCUGAUCCUAAUAGUCAAACUUUAAAUACAAAUUCAAAUGAUACAACAAAAACAAAUAAAAUAACAACCAAUAAUUUUGUUGACCCCCAAAUUGUGAAUGUACUCGCAUCAAAACAUAUUAAAUGUAUAAAAGGGUCAUUCAUGAAACGUUCUAGUGACAAGUUGACUAACGCAUUAUUGUUCGCUAAUAAAAAAAUAACUAAUAAUGAUGGAACAAGCUCUAAGCAAUAUGAAGAAAAGAAAGAAAUGAAGUCAUUGAGUACAAUCACAGCUACUGCUACCAGUAAUCCUUUUGCAUAUUUGAUGAGAAAUGAAAAAAAAAAUGAAGUCAGUGUUGAUUUAAUGGAAAUAGAGAAAACAGAUAAUAGCAUCAAUCUUAGUAAAACAUCUAUCAAUGUUAAAACAUCCUCACAAAUUCAUCAAGAGAAAAGUCAACAAACAGUCAAACUCAAUAAUUUAACUAAUAGCAUACUGAAACAAUUUGAAUAAUAAAAUUAUAAUUUACACCUUUUUCAAUAGUAAUAGGUUAAGAUAGUAUUUUAAUCUUAAGUUCAAUAUAUUACACCAAAUUAUUUUACUAAAAUAAAUACAUGUAAUAUACUUAAUUUGUAAUUAUA